AUGAUAGAAAGCCAAAGUUUUGGAAUUCAUCAGAUAAAGAAAUGGCAUACACCUUCUUAUCUUCUUGCUUGUUUAAAUGCACCUAGUGAUUUAAGCCAAAAACUUCAGGGUAAAACUAAUGAUAUUGGUGAUGCUUCAGAAAAUCUAAUUUUAAGCAAAUAUCUUAAAUCUAAUUAUAAUGAAGAACGGCUUGAAAAUGAGAUUUCUAAAUACCUUCUAAAAUCUCUAACAGACAAAUGA